UAACUCGAACAUUUUUUUUUCAAUGGCCGAGUAAAAACAAAUUUUAAUUUAUUGAAAAUGAAGAAUGCAGUUGCUGUGCGAUAUUUCAGAUGGUUUAGACAAGCUAGCACCAAAUUCCAGUUGUGUCGGAGAUUUUCUGUGGAUCAGGCACCAGUUAUCGGAACCGAACAAGAUGUUUCAUCGCCGGAUUAUCAGGAUAAAUAUAAUAAUAUGAAAGAUCUAGUGAACACUUUAAAGUCAAAGAUUUCCAAGAUUUUGGAAGGUGGUGGUGAGAAAGCUAUAGAGAGACAUGUUUCUCGUGGUAAAAUGUUACCUCGUGACAGAAUCAAUGCUCUACUGGAUCCUGAGUCUCCAUUCCUAGAAUUAAGUCAGUUAGCAGGUUAUGAGUUAUAUGGUAAAGAAGAAGUACCUGCAGGUGGAAUUAUUACUGGUAUUGGUAGAGUUUCUGGGGUAGAGUGUAUGAUAGUUACAAAUGAUCCUACAGUAAAAGCGGGAACAUAUUAUCCUAUUACAGUUAAAAAACAUUUACGAGCUCAGGACAUAGCCAGAGAAAAUAAUUUACCUUGUAUAUAUUUAGUUGAUUCUGGUGGUGCUAAUCUACCAAGACAAGAUGAUGUCUUUCCUGACAGAGAUCAUUUUGGUCGAAUAUUUUAUAAUCAAGCUAAUAUGUCAGCAUUAGGAAUACCUCAGAUAGCAGUAGUAUUAGGUAUGUGUACAGCUGGUGGAGCAUAUGUACCUGCUAUGGCAGAUGAAAGUAUAAUUGUAAAUAAAGGAACUAUUUAUUUGGCUGGUCCACCAUUGGUAAAGGCAGCUACAGGAGAAGAAAUAUCAGCAGAAGAAUUAGGUGGGGCUAAAUUACAUUGCAGUAAAUCUGGUGUAACUGAUUAUUAUGCUGAAGAUGAUGAACAUGCAUUAUAUCUAGCUAGACGAGCUCUAAGUAAUAUUAAUUAUAAUAAAGAACCAGGUAUGACGAUAGCCCCACCAAAAGAACCACUUUAUCCAGCAGAUGAAUUAUAUGGUAUUGUUGGUGAUAAUCUUAAAAAAACUUUCGAUGUUAAAGAAGUUAUAGCACGUAUUGUCGAUGGUAGUCAAUUUGAUGAAUUUAAAGCUAUGUAUGGUGAAACAUUAGUCACUGGUUUUGCUAGGUUAUGGGGUUAUCCAGUUGGUAUUGUAGGAAAUAAUGGUGUACUAUUUUCUGAGUCUGCGUUAAAGGGAGCUCAUUUUAUAGAACUGUGUUCACAGAGAGGAAUACCUUUAAUAUUCUUACAAAACAUAACAGGUUUUAUGGUGGGAAGGGAUGCAGAAGCAGGUGGAAUUGCUAAAAAUGGUGCAAAAAUGGUGACAGCCGUGUCUUGUGCUAAAGUUCCAAAAUUUACUGUGAUAAUAGGAGGAUCAUAUGGUGCUGGUAAUUAUGGCAUGUGUGGUCGAGCUUACAGUCCGAGGUUUUUAUACAUGUGGCCUAACUCUAGAAUAUCUGUGAUGGGAGGUGAACAAGCAGCUAAUGUCCUAGCUCAGAUAACAAGUGAACAAAGAAAACGAGAAGGAAAGAUGUGGACGGAAGCGGAAGAACAAGCUCUUAAAGACCCAGUUAUAAAGAAAUAUGAAAUAGAAGGCAACCCUUAUUAUGCUAGUGCCAGAUUGUGGGAUGAUGGUGUGAUAGAUCCAGCUGAUACUAGAACCGUUCUAGGAUUGAGUCUUAGUGCCUCCGUAAAUAAACCACCGGAAAAAACUAGAUUUGGUGUAUUUAGAAUGUAGACUUUUAGUAAAUAUCAAAAACUAAGACACAAGGGAUUGAGAUUAAUUUUAUACCAAAAACUGAUGUGUGUACCUCCAUAACUUAUUGUUGUUAUAUUUAGAAAUGAUAAAGGGAGGUUACUCUCUGUGUAUGGAAUUAUGAAUGUAUUAUAGACAAUUGGGGAUGCUGGAUUGUCAGUCUGGAAUGUCGCGAAAUGACAUGACAGAAUUACGAUCAAGUGAUGGGGAAUUCAAUCCUGUCACAGUUCCGUCAGUUCCAAAAUUUGAGGUGGUGUGAGAAGAAUUAAACACAACGAAUUUGAUUGGUUCAAAUAUUUUCUUAUGCGGUUGGUGCAUGCCUUGUAACCCAAAAUCCUCUCUGAUUGACACUAUUUUGGGGAUUGAGAGAAUUCAGUUCUGGAAUGUUCAAUCAAGUAUCCCUGUUGUGUUUAUAUUUAGAAGUGAUAAAGGGAGAUUACUCUGAGUGAAUUGAUUUAAAAGUAUUAUAAACAAAUGUCUUUUGGGCAUAUGGUAUACUUCUGAUCCAGUGAUUGUUGAUUCACUAAAAUUUAGUACAUUUAAAAAAAAGGAAAGAAAAUGAGUAACUAAUCCAUGCAUUUAAAAUUUUAUUUUAUUUUAUUCGAUGUAUGAGUGAAUGGUUAGCCUGAAUCUCUGCCUGAUAUUGUCUGUGACAGGUGCAUUUUUUCCAGGCUUUCGAGUUUUCAGGGAAUAAAUCAGAAAUUAAUUUUAACAAAAAUGAAAUCUGAUUAAAAUACAUAUCUUAUAAAUAUUUUUCUUUAUUUUUAUUCUGAAAUGAUGAGGGGGGUUGUAUGGCCGAAUGGUUAGCACACGCUCGCUGUAUCAUGAGGCCUGUCAUUGAGUCAACUGGCGUGGUUUUGAAUCCUGGUUGUACGUGACAAGGAGUAGGGUUGCCUGUCUAACCUCGUGGGUUUUCUCCGGGCUCUCCGGUUUCCUCCCACUGCUAAUAAAGACCCCUACAUGCAAGCGAAUUAUUGAAAUAAAAUUGAACCAUAUAUUAGUCCCGAAAUGACCUAGUUUGUGCCAGUGGAUGUUAAUCUCUCUCUCUCUCUCUCUCUCUCAUAUGAGGUAUAAAACCCACAGAAUAACUUGAUUAUGGAAUAUGAAAGAAAUGAUACACCUAAAGGGUUAUUAUGACUUUCAACAAGAUAAUAAGUUAUAGUUUAUAUUAUACAAAACAAACCAGACUAACUUAAUUAUAAAAUAUGUGAUCCAAUUAUCAAAUAACUCACUUAUUUGAAGUAGGGCAUUUUACACCAGUGCCAGCUGAAUUCAGUAUAGAUUGGCAUAGAAUUUUAAAAUGUCUUUUUCUUAGGGAAAGGUUUGCACAUUUGUAUCAGCUUUUUUUAUGCAGUCUAUUUUGAAAUCUCCACUAUAUCUGUAUAAAUUAGUUCAUAUGUAAAAUGUAGAAUUAUAUUUAAUUUUCUCAGAAUGACAGAUGACCAAGUGGUCUAAUGGAAACCGUUUAGAUCAUAAAAUACUACAUUGCGUAAAAUGGCGUGGUAAGGGCAGAUCCGUAACUAGGGAGGAUGGGGCAAAGUCCCCCUGCAAAAAGUUUCCCCCCCCCCCCUGUGAAAAGAUUGAGGACCAUAAAAACAAUAGAUAUACAUUGUCCGUCAAUUUUACAACACCCCUGAGAACUCUUCCCACCCCCCCCCCUCGAGUCGUUGCUCUGAGCUAGUUACGGCCCUUUGUAAGGGCUGAUAUUGACCUCGUGCUUCAGUUUCUUAUCUCUGGCCCUGGCAAUAGCAAAUGGUCUAAUGGAAGCACUUUAGAUCACAUAACCUUGUGGUAAGAUCGCAUACAUGACCUUGUUGGCGUUAGCCGCGUGAUUAGGUUUAAAACCUCUGGCCCUAGCAAUAGUAAAUUAUUGAAAUGUAAUAUAUUUUUGUUCCGAAAUGACAUAGUUGUGUUGUGUGAAAUUUUAAUCCCAUUGAAUUAUGCAUCUCUCUCUCUCUCUCUCUCUCUCUCUCUCUCUCUCUCUCAGGGGGGGGGGGGUGUUGGAUGGCUGAAUGGUUAGCGUGCGCGCGCUGUAUCAUAAAGUCUGUCAUUGAGUCGACUGUCGUGGUUUCGAAUCCCCGGUUGUACGUGUCAAGGAGUAGGGUCGCCUGUCCAACUUCGUGGGUUUUCUCCGGAUCCUCCGGUUUCCUCCCACUGCUAAAGACCCCCUACGCGCAAACGAAUUAUGUAAAUAAAAUUGAAGCAUAUGUUAGUCCCGAAAUGACCUAGUUUGUGUCGAGUGGAAGUUAAACCUCUCUCUCUCUCUCUCUCUCUCUCUCUCCUAGAAGAAUGCUAUGUCACUGAAACUGUAAUCCUGAUGACUACAGCAGAUUGUGUUAAAUGUUAUUUUAUAAAAAAGAAUAACAAUAUAAUAUGUAUAAUUGAUGUAAAUACAUCAAAAUAUAAUAAAUCAAAUGAAAUAGCCGGAAACAAA